ACUCAAACCUCGACAUCACCCCGCUCCAAGUCCAAGCUCAUCGAUGACACCCUCGACGACAACAUCAUGGAACAAGAAUCAGAAACGGCUUACAAAGCUCUACGUCAAGGUCUUACUUCCUCAUCUGGGAUCAACACGGUCGACGAGUUCUUUCGGCUUGAUGAGAGUAAAAUCACAACACAACUCUUGCUCCUUGGAGCCGAAAUUUCAAAACCGCUCAUCCUCCUUGGAACGAAUAUCCUCGCAUUAUAUCGCGGUUGGGUCUCAAACGGAUACCCGACCUUGGAACGCUUUGCUCUGAACCACCGCGUCGAACCUUUCAAGCCUCUAAUCACCGUCGUGCUCGCUGACGAAGGCAAAUCCAAUCAAGAUAUUUUUGAGUUCAUCAAUGAAGCCUUCAACAGGCCCCCAACGCCUUUACCCACAUCCACACUCACCAAUUCUUCCAACCAGCUUCCUCAGUUCCCUCCUACGCCAAGACAGGUUUGGUCGAGUAUUUCAUCCAACAACUCGACCCCGCUCUGGAACCCGACGAAAGUUUCAUCGAUCAAAAGUGCGGUCAAGCAAAGCCCAAACAUCCAAAAUUCUCGCACUUGGCAGAGUAAACCUACCAUACGUUUGGAGGGCAUCAAUUCGACACGCAAGUUGGAUGGUGCUAUCAUGUCGCUGAACUUGGGAAAUGAAAAUCACAUUCGAGAUGUUCUGGUACGUGUCGAGCUCAAGAUCAAGAACAAAUCAGAGGCCUCACAUGCUGCAAUUUGCUUGGCAAACUCUGGCAGUUUGUCUGGAGCAAUUGGUUCUGAAUCAUUUGAUGUCAAAGCGAGCAAAGAAAACCUCAAAAAGUUCUUCGCUCUGAUUUCAUUGUCAUUAACGUGCAAUAAGCGACUCCUCGGCUUCGAUCCAACCUUCAUCGACGAUCAAGGACCUCAUACUGCGAUACAAAUCGUAACCGACACCGGUACUCAAGAGCUCGUGAUCGACCACCCCCACAUCUUCCGAGCGGCGGGAAUCUGUGGACGUGGGACAACCUGCUGGAAAGCGCAUCUCUCUGUAGAUGAACGCCAAACAUUUCUGAUCAAAGAUUCAUGGCAACCCAAAGACCGGAGAGAAGAAGGUGUUAUGCUUCGCGACGUGACAGAAAACAACGUACCUCAUGUGGCCCGAUAUCACCAUCAUGAAGACGUCCACGUGGCCGGCAACAGCGUUGACAUCGAAUCUCACGUUCGGAGGGGCGCCAAUUUUCAAGAAAACAACGUACCUCAUGUGGCCCGAUAUCACCAUCAUCAAGACGUCCACGUGGCCGGCAACAGCGUUGACAUCGAAUCUCACGUUCGGAGGGGCGCCAAUUUUCAAACUUGCCAGACAAUCAAAAUCACUGAUGAGCCCAAUGAUCCACACAAGUACCGCAUGGCUUUAUUAAUCGGGUUCACAAACGGCUGA